AUGGAUCUCCUACCCUUCGACAAUCGAGACGGUCAAAUCUGGUUCGAUGGAAAAUUCGUGCCCUGGCGCAACGCCAAGAUCCACGCCUUAAGUCAUGGCCUGCACUAUGGCAGUUCCGUGUUUGAGGGUGAGAGAUCCUAUGGCGGCACCAUCUUCAAGUUGCGGGUCCAUACCGACCGCCUAAUCAAUUCGGGCAGAAUGCUCGGCUUCAAUAUCCCCUAUGAGGCCGACCGAAUCGACGCCGCCUGCCGGCAGGUCAUCAAGACUAAUGGUCUCACCGACGCCUAUGUGCGUCCUCUAGCUUGGCGCGGCAGCGAACAAAUGGGUGUGGCCGCCUCAAGGAGCAAAAUCCAUCUGAUGAUCGCUGCCUGGGCUUGGCCCAAUCCACACGUCGCUAAACACCUCGAGGGUAUCCGGCUGGAUAUCUCCCACUGCUGGCUGCUGCCUCCUGCAUCCACCAUGCCGGUCGCCGCCAAAGCCGCCGGCCUUUACACCACCAAAACACUGGUCAAACAUAUGGCGGAAGCCAAUGGCUUCGACGACGCACUGAUGAUGGACGUGGAGGGCAUGAUCGGCGAAUGCACGGGGGCCAAUAUCUUUUUGGUUUUCAACGGGGAGAUCCAUACGCCGAUCCCCCAUUGCUUUCUUGACGGCAUCACCCGCCGCACCGCGAUCGACCUGCUCCGCAAGAGAGGCCAUGAGGUAGUCGAGCGGAAGAUCCCAGCCCAAGAAAUCGCCGAAGCCAGCGAGGUUUUCAUUACCGGUACUGCCUGCGAGAUCACCAGGGUGCAACAGAUCGGAGAUUUUGCCUUUAUCUCGGGGGAGAUCACCGCGACGCUGAUCGCCGAUUAUCGUGAUCUAGUGUUGGGGAAAACGAAACCGAAGAUAUAG